UUAUUGUGUAUGCGGGACACGCGUGUGAUACACUGUGUGUGCACUGAACUUUCUAUGGAUGAUACAUUCAAGUCAUCAUGAAGAAAAGAUACGAGUUUUGGGAAAAGUUGAGUUUGAAAUGUGUAUUGAUUGGGGAUACAGGAGUCGGGAAGAGCAGUCUUGCUGCCCGGGUAUCAAAUAGGACCUUUAAGACCGACUACACUCCAACCCUGUUUGAUAAUUAUGCAGCUACCGUGACAGUUGACGACAAGCCAUACCACUUGAGUUUGUUUGACACCGCAGGCAAGGAGGACUACAACAAGCUACGCGUGCUGUCCUACAUCAACAGUGACGUGUUCUUGGUCUGUUUCUCUGUUACCAAUCCUGAAUCCCUAGAGAAUGCCGAGGUUUGCUGGGUACCGGAACUGCGUCAGUACAUGCCCGAUACACCGUUCGUACUUGUGGGUACACAGACGGACAUACGCGCCAAGAAAGGCAACACACGGGAUCAGGUUGUACGGAGUUCUGUGAUAUCGGCUAAACAGGCAUCCGAAGUUGCCAAUAGAAUGGGUGCCGUUAGUUAUAUCGAGUGUUCCGCCAUGACAGGAGAAGGUGUCGAAGACCUGACCGCGGAGAUAAUCCUAGGCGCUCAUCGAGCAUGGGAGACCAAGUGUACGAAGAAAACAAAGUGUUGUAACUGUAAGAUCUUGUGAUGUCUACGUACUAUGGGACUGUAAUGUCCAAAGGUUGUGAAUUGAGGCGCAACAAUGCCCCCAAGGCUGUUUAGUGAGUGAUGCCGUCUUGUGCACUGGAUGUGACGUAUUUCCGGCACUCGCACACGUGUUGGAUAAACUCCAAAUGUUGUGGUCAGCGUGGUUCAGCGCCGUAUCCCAACUCAAUAAAAUACCUGUAUAAGAUACACGUACCUGUAUUAUCAGAGUAGGAUGGAAUCAACCAGGUGUUUACAGAGGUCUGCAAGACAAAGAUGGGUCGAGCCAUUGUCUAUGUCUGGUCACGUGAUGUAUCAGUGAAUGACAUCACUGUAACGAACUGCUCACAGUUCAAUACGUGAACAAGAUAUAACGAAGGACUUAAUGGUUGUAUAGCAAUAUCGUGAUCACACAGGAUAGCAAUGUCUACAUGAUCAAGUUUUGCAAAAAUACUACUUAAUCAGAUCAUAAUUUUGGGUAAUCCAGAGGCUGGUUACUCCCAAACGAUGAUCGAAAACAUCACUGUACUGUCAGUUAUGUCCUGUAACAGUGUGUCCUGGUUAUGUCGACUGGACAGAGCCGGAGUAUGAUCCUUUUCGUUAAAAUUAAAUGGAUAUUGUUACCAUCUUCAUUGAUAACAUUAAAACGGUGAAGUUCGAA